AUGUCGAAGCCCCCAUCGCUGGUACUUGCCGCAGUACUCUUAAAACUAGGCGGCUAUGGUAUAAUACGCCUCACACUCAUUCUCAACCCCCUGACAAAACACAUAGCCUACCCCUUCCUUCUCCAUCUGCCUACGACAAACAGACCUAAAAUCGCUCAUUGCAUACUCUUCAAUCAGCCACAUAGCCCUCGUAGUAACAGCCAUUCUCAUCCAAACCCCCUGAAGCUUCACCGGCGCAGACUCAACAUACUAGUCACAGCCCUAUACUCCCUCUACAUAUUUACCACAACACAAUGGGGCUCACUCACCCACCACAUUAACAACAUAAAACCCUCAUUCACACGAGAAAACACCCUCAUGUUCAUACACCUAUCCCCCAUUCUCCUCCUAUCCCUCAACCCCGACAUCAUUACCGGGUUUUCCUCUUGUAAAUAUAGUUUAACCAAAACAUCAGAUUGUGAAUCUGACAACAGAGGCUUACGACCCCUUAUUUACCGAGAAAGCUCACAAGAACUGCUAACUCAUGCCCCCAUGUCUAACAACAUGGCUUUCUCAACUUUUAAAGGAUAA